AAACAUAUAAUAAAUAGAUAAAUAAGAAGAUAAACAAAUGCGCCGGUCGAGCGUCAUUUGUUUACGCGGGAAGAUUUGUUCACAUCCAUCAGCUGACCGCCACAACAUAUUUAGAGCUUUUUCUAUCAUUAUAUCAAUAGGAAAAGAAUAAAUGGACCUUCUCGUAUAUAUCCUUGCCCUUGGAGACCAUAAAUAGCCAUAAAAACAUAUAAUAAAUAGAUAAAUAAGAAGAUAAACAAAUGCGCCGGUCGAGCGUCAUUUGUUUACGCGGGAAGGUUUGUUUACAUCCAUCAGCUGACCGCCACAACAACAUGUUCUCGGGAAGGGACGAUGAUUUAGACGUGUUUGAUGACGAUUUCUUGAGUGAGGUAUUUCGCCCUGGACAGUGGGAUGGAGGAGGAGGGGGAAGAGAGGAGGAGGAGGAGAUUAGAAGUGACCCCCAAGCUCCCCCUCCCCCCCCUCCCCAUGACCCCAGAGCAGCCAAUCACAAGCCAGAACCCCAAACAGGAAACGACCAAUCACAUCGCAGUGUUCCGAGACCUCUGCAGCCGUCCGCCAGAACCGACCAGCCGCAGACCAGUACGGAGGAAAUACCGGAAUGGGACGCGUUGGAUGACCUCAUGAGUGACCUGGGGGAUGACCCUGACCUGACCACCCCCCCGGACAGUGCCGUUACGCAGUGCCAGGGUCAGGAGAGGGGAAAUAGUGCCGGGAGAUUGGAUUUCCGAGCGAGAAUUUUGAGGGCGAUAGAAGUCCCUGGGAAUGGAAGGAAGGAAGAGGAGGAGGAGGAGGAGGAGGAGGAGAGGAAGAGGAGGAGGGAGGAGGAGGAAGAGGAGGAGAGAAGAAGAAGAAGAAGGCCAGUUGUACAAAGUAAUUAUAUAAGGUCUGCCCCUACCAAGAGAGAGAGAGAGCCUUACUUGACACUACCACAGAAGAGGAGGUUCCCAGGUCCAGCCGGUCUCCUGCCUGAAGUGGGUCAAACCAGGGUCACCAUCACCACAGGGGGACGAGGUCAAAGGUCACACCCCCCUACCACCACCUCCCCCCCACCCCCAUCCACCCCAGGGAGAACCAAGGGGGCGACAUUCCGACCCUCCAAAGAUGUCUUAGUCGAUGCCUUCACCAGCGCCGACCUGACCUCAAAAACCUGGUCUAGGAUGCUCCGUGACCUCGACCUUGACCCCCAUGACCCGGAAGGACCUUUGGGGGUGUUCAACGUUCGCUGGGUGACCUGCCGGGCGGGGCUGCGGGGCGGGGCGGGGGCGGGGCGGGUCCCUUUCCUGGCGGUGAAGGUGAAGGGGGUGGAGACGUCUUCAAGGCAUCCGAUGUUGACCUUUGUUGACAUGACAGGGGAAAUCCACGGUACUAUCUCCACAUCCGUCCUCCACGAAUUCGGACAUGCGCUGACCCCUGGGGCUGUCCUGGUGCUACGGGGGGUCACAGUCCUCUCCCCUGGGGUCAUCCGGGAGGGGAGGUCACCCGGGUCACGACGGCACUACCUCAACAUCACCCGUUCAUCCAUACUUACGAUCUACACCCCGGAUGAAAGUGGCGAUGUGACCAAGACCGCUGUCGGCGAGUUCAACCGAAAUGACUUACAAACCGGGCUCUGUGCGUCAACCGAGGGGGUCUACCGGCCGACCGCCAUCAUUGAGGAGGAGGAGGAGGACCCGGGUGACAGCUCUAGGGUCCCACGGGUGCCACAGGGCCAAGGGUAUGCCGGGAACAGUGCCAGAAGUCCCGGUAUAUUUUCAACCGUUGGUCCGACACGCGGUUUACAUCAGGGGAGUUUGCGACCCCAUAGAGAGCUUCCUAGGCACUCUGGGGGUACGGUCGGGGUGCCACAGGGUAGGGGAAGGUCCAGUCUAGUGCCACAGGGUCAAGGAGUGCCAGGGGGGUCAGGGAUAAGGGGGAAUGUGAGGUUAGGUCAAGUUAGGUUAGGUCAUUCUCAUUCUCCUCCUCCUCCUCCUCGCUUCCCUUCUUCUUCUUCUCGAUAUCCUCCUCCUCCUCCUCCUUCCUCUUCCUCUACCUCUUCUUCCUCUCAUCUUCCUCCUCCUCCUCCUUCUAGACAAGUUAACAGAUAUCCUCAGCAGUCUUCCUCUUCCUCUCUUCCUCCUCCUCCUCCUCCUCCUUCCGCCCUCAACACCAGCAUCUUCUCCACCCAAGAGGAGGAGGAGGAGGUGAAGGAGUUGAUGGACGGACUCAAUGACGGAUCUUUCUUUGACGACUUUUAGAAAUUUAUUAAUUGAUUUUCAUUAAUAUAUUUUUCUUAAUUUCUUUUUAUUAUUAUUAUUAUUAUUAUUAUUUUUAGGUUAACUGAGUUUUUUCCGAGUAUUUUUUUCUGAAUUUCUCUUUUUUUGUGUUUUUUUAUAUAUAUUUUUUAAGAUCUAUCAUCAUCAUCAUCAUCAACAAGGGGACAUUGAAUUAUAAACAAAAGGUCUAUUCAAAUCUAUUCUUUCUUUACAAACACAAUACUAUCGCCAUUUCUAUUAACUAUUAACUAUUUAUAAAUAUAUUUUGUACAUUGACAUUUUCUUCUCUGUCUCCUAACUAUCACAUUUUUGUAUAUCAAUAUUUCACUGUACAGCAUUUCAGAGAGAGAGAGAGAGAGAGAGAGAGAGAGAGUGGGGUAUUUCUCUCUC